GUUAACGUGAGUCUGUAGCUGAUUUAGCUUUCUGAGGAUUAUGAUUUUAAGGAGCCUGUUGACCUCUACGGUGCUGCGCAGGCAGACUGUGUUCGGGAAGGUGACCAGUAGCAGUGUGCAACGCCAUUUUCCCCUCCACUGGAAAACUCCGGGAGUCAGCAGCUGGUUGACUGGAUUCCAGUUUUACAGCUCCACUCGACCCCCUCUCCGGAUCCAGGGGCUUGACCACCUGGUCCUCACUGUAAGGAGCAUCGAGGAGACAACAGGCUUUUACUCCAAAGUCUUGGGAAUGGAGGUUGUCACGUUCAAGGGUAAUCGGAAAGCACUCAGUUUUGGAAACCAGAAGUUUAAUCUUCACGAGGCUGGCAAAGAGUUUGAACCAAAAGCCCUCCUUCCAACACCUGGCUCCAUCGACCUGUGUCUUAUUACAGAAACACCAAUUGCUGAAGUCAUAGAACAUCUUAAGGCUUGUGACGUGGCUGUAGAAGAAGGGCCUGUCCUCCGAACCGGCGCUGUGGGCCCUAUUUCUUCAGUGUACUUCAGAGACCCAGAUGGGAAUCUUGUUGAGGUAUCUAAUUACCACUCGGAGCCCACAGCUGUUGGAGUGUAGUAUUUAAAGGGGACACAUUCACAUGUGUUUGUACCUUUUUCACCCAAUUUAUACUGUAUACUAUACGUUUGUAAUGUUUCAUUUUUAUUUCAUGUUACUGAUUUAAUAAGUGCACAUUUGGCAAAAUGUUGUUGUAUGUUGUACGUGUAAAUUAAUGUUAUGAACCAGACCUGUGUUAGUUAUCUGCAGUUCACAACAAUCAUGGACACGCAGAAGUUUCUUGGUGACCUCACAAGGGGCAUGAUAGCCAAUGUCCUGCAACCAGUCCCUCGGUAUGAUGUCUGCAAUGACCCUUGUGCCCAUCGAGACAGUUUCCCAGCUGUUACUAAAAAGGCAAUGCUUGCAUCAAAUCACCAGUGGUCAUACUAGUUAAGACAACUCCUGUUCUAACAAACAAUGUGUAGGACCGCCAUUGGUCGUUUGCUAAUUUUUGGUCACCGUCAUUGUUUAUACAGUAUCUGGUAAGAGUUUGAUUUCUGAGUGCACUGUAAAAUCAAGUGACAAUUAAAUAAAAUC